UAUUAUCAUUACUGCUCAGAUUUGACGAGUUCCUCUGUCUAUGAUGUUCUCGAGGUCGAUAAUCUCUAGCUAAUACCACAACACGAAGCGCAUACUAACGAACCAUCUCCACCUGACUACUCCAUAUGUUAGGCCAUACUGGAGGAUCACAUGCCAAGCUCCUGUCUAAUGCAUGCCUUACCAGGUAACAGGGUCAGAAAGUAGUGAACUAAGGAGCACAGGAACAGAGUGCAACUGAACAUAUCCGAUCUCCUCGACUGUUUGUUCUUCUUCCUUGGGGAUAUUACAGUAGGACCAGCAGAUCCGAGGCCUGCAAUAGGGGCGUAGACAUGGCAUGUCACGUAUGACUUCAAAGCAAUGAUCAUUGCAUCAUUCCUACACUGCUAUGCAUGCCCCUGGACGCAGAUUACUGGAUCACUCACCCCUUCACCACCCAGUUCAGCCGAAACAGGUACUGACGGGGCGCCGGCAGCCCAUAACAUGGCAAUACAGCCCACUGCCAUGCGAGCCAGAACGAGCAGCAUGGGAAGGAUAUGUCAGACUAUUGGCAAUCCUGUAUUCGUAUCCUUCCACACAACCGCAUUUCGACGCAAUAAUAAUACCUAUCAUAUCCUCAUAGACACAUCGAGUGACCGCCAGUAUCUAUUUACAGCUCUCACGAUGUACGGAGACACAGUCGAGUCUUCCUACCGCAUCAUCCUGUCGAUCCUCCUAUUCCUCGCUCAGAAAGGGGUGAACCGAGCUGAGACCUCGAUGUACGCCAAUCUCAUUGCGCAAGUGUCUAUCGACCAGGUACGGGGUGGCGAAUUCAUGCGACCCAACCCCUGGGUUCCAAUCCGUCCGCAUACAAAACAAGGAAUGAUUCUCCUGGUAGGCCAAUCGAGUAACGGAUAUUGCAAUGGACAACCUCAUUGCUUCCUUUACUGCUCAAUCGCAGCUCGAUGCAGCAUUGUUGCAGGGAUGUCCACUGCAAUCCUGAUAGAGUCGUUGAAAUAAUAUCACCACGACUGUGAAUAUGUCAUCUCUACUCCAUAGACUAAGGGGUACUGUGUACACCGUCCACAUGCCUUCUAGUCUAGUAUUGGCUUUGAUGGUACAGUUGAUGAUGCACGAGCCACCUGUGCGAGCCACGAUCCUGUGGCUGUGUCGUCGUAUUGCAGAUCCUGCGGCGUCAGUAUCGGUGUCUCCGAGUUCAACAUCCAUGCAGAGCUGAGGCCGUAUGUUCCUACCAGAGCCCUCAAUGGACAGAUGUUAUUGUCUAAGUCCAU